AUGUACCAGCAAGCUAAAAUUAAUCUGUUCUCUGAUCCGAAUAAUCAAACCCUGAGUGUUAUCGAGAGAGCUUCUCAUCUAGAGUUUAAAAAACAUGAGGCGGCUUAUGCUAGCUAUCUGUACCAGAAGAGUAAAAUUGAUUGGAUCCGCUUUGGUGAUGAAAACUCAGCCAUGUUUUAUGCCAGUAUGAAGAAAAGGAAAGCUACUAGCAGAAUUGUGUCUUUUGUUGCUGAAAAUGGCAGAGUUGAAGUAGAUUAUCGAAAGGUAAUCAGUCAUUUUACUCAGCACUUUCAGUCAUUCUUGGGCGGUUCUAGUGUAGCUUCUGGUCUUAUUGAGUCCUCAGUCAUGCAUUUAGGUCCAAUCCUUAGCCUAGAUGAUCAAACUGAGCUACUUAAACCGUUCACUUUUCAAGACGUCAAAAUAGCCAUGUUUAGUAUUAAGGCAGUUAAGAGCCCUGGUCCAGACGGAUUUGGUGCUGGUUUUUUCAAGAGUUUAUGGUCUGUCAUUGGGAAAGAGGUGGCCACUACAGUGCUUGAAUUCUUUGACACAGGAUGCAUCCCGAAGGCUUUGAACAAUACCAUAUUAACUCUUAUUCCUAAAGUCAGCCAACCUUCAAAUGCCUCAGAGUAUAGACCAAUUGCUAGGGGUGUUCAGAUAAACCGCAAACCGCGGUUGACAUCUAUCCUUCCUAAGUUGGUUAAUCAAAAUCAAGGUGCUUUCGUUAAGAAUAGAUCUCUUGCCCAUAAUGUUCUUAUUCUUCAAAAUCUUCUUAAAGGCUAUAAUCGUAAACGAGUUUCUCCUCAGUGCUUAAUGAAGAUAGAUCUCAGCAAAGCCUAUGAUUCUAUUGAUUGGGAUUUUCUAGAGAACCUGCUGAAUGCUUACAAGUUUCCUGGCAAAUUUAUUAAAUGGAUUAUGGUUUGUCUAAGAGGUUCCUCAUAUUGCAUUCUCAUGAAUGGUCAGCUCCAUGGUAAUUUUAAGGGUGGUAAGGGGUUGCGUCAAGGUGACCCCAUCUCCCCCCUUCUCUUUGUUCUAGUUAUGGAAUACCUUACACGAGCUCUUCAUGGGGCUGCUAAGGACAAGAAUUUCAGGUUCCAUCCGUUAUGUAAGGCUUUGAAUAUAACUAAUCUUUGCUUUGCGGACGAUUUGCUCCUUGUUUGUAAAGCUCAUGCUAGUUUUAUUCAGAUCAUGCAUCAUAUUUUUAGUUCCUUUUCAGCAGCUUCUGGUCUAUGCAUUAAUCAUACUAAGUCUCGCAUAUACUUUGGGGGUAUAUCUAGUAUUGAGAAGGAGAACCUGCUGAGCCUUUCUAAUAUGACAGAAGGGAAAUUUCCUUUAGUGUAUCUUGGCAUGCCUUUGAGGCCUACAAAAUGGAAAGCUAUGGACUGUGACCUCAUUGUUUCAAAAAUUAGGAUCUUCUUAUGGGGUGGUAAUGGCUCUAGAAGUAAACUUCACCUUGCCUCUUGGGACCAUGUUUGCAGACCUAAGUCCUAUGGUGGUUUAGGUUUCAAAGAGGGAGUUCUCUGGAACAAAAUUAACCUUGCUAGAUACAUCUGGGCUAUCACUUCAAAACAGGACAGUCUUUGGGUUAAAUGGGUGAAUUGCAUCUAUUUAAAAGGUGUCCAGAUUUGGGAUUAUGUGUUACAGCAAGAUGCUAGUUGGUACUGGAAAAAACUAAUUAAGAUGAGCAAAUUUCUGUCUAAUUUGACCUUGAAUGAAGCUGUUUGUCAGGGGAAAUUUCAGAUGAGUAAGCUGUAUCUAAUGUCUAUUCCUAGUUCCCCAAUCACUGGUAUGAAGGCUAUCUGGUGCAAACUUUCAGUGCCCAAACAUAGAUUCAUAUUUUGGCAGGCUAUUAACCAGAAGCUCCUCACUAGGGACUUAAUGCAGCACUGUCAUAUUCCUGUUCUUUCUCUGUACUGCUCGGUUUGUGAGAUUGAACUGGAAUGCCACUCUCACUUAUUUUUUGAUUGUCUGCUGUCUAAAAGAGUUCUUCAAGCGGUAGCUGCCUGGCUGGGUAAUCUAAUUUGGCCUAGAAAUUUCAAGAACUUGCGUACUUGGCUGAAUGAGUCCAGGAAUCAUGGCUUGUCUCAGGUAGUUUCAGCCACAUUGGCUGCUACUGUGUAUUACCUUUGGAUUAAUAGAAACAAAUGCUGGUUGGAAAAUUGCUACUUUUCUGUGUACCAUAUUGAUUUACUUAUUAAAGAAUCGGUUAAAGAUGUGAGGGAAUCUGCUGCGGGGAGUGCUACCGACACCGAAAUCCCUAAACAGCAGCCAGAUGUGUCACAACCUCCUCCAAGGAGGGCAACUGAGGUGACCAUCAAUGAGCCAACUGGUGCCCCCCGACCUGCUGCCGCACCGGCCUCUCCAGGGAAGGGAAAGAAGAAGGCCACAGAGCCUAUUCUUGAGUCAUCGGACAAGAAUGACAUGGACUCCGAGAAUGUGUUCGACAUGUACUGUGCUCCUGAGGUUCCUGAAGCUCCUGCGAGCAAGAAAAUAGCGAGCAGGCAGCAUCAAGGGGAAAGCAGUAAAGUGCCUCCGGCCAAGAAAUCCUGA